AUGCUGCUAAGCUUGUUCCUCACCCUCACGCCUUUCCUGCGGCCGGGCUAUGGUUGCGAGGACCAUGACUGGACUUCGCCUGUCCUGGGAGGCUAUGUCGAUCACGGACUGAUGAAGAAACAUGAUCUCAUGAAGCGAAUACAGCCACAAGCAAUGGUCACUCCCCCGCAGCAGAUCAAAGGCUUGCAUUGGGGACAGAUCAAUUUCCUACAGACUACAGAUACGCAUGGUUGGUUAGCAGGACACCUACUCGACGAGAACUACAGCGCCGACUAUGGCGACUUUGCGGAUUUUGUCCAGAAGAUGAAAGCAAAGGCCGACGCUCUCGGGGUCGACCUCCUGCUCAUCGACUCAGGCGACCUUCACGAUGGAACUGGAUUUGGCGAUGCCACAACUCCCAAUGGCAGACUCACACUUCCCAUCUUCAAGAAGUUGCCCUACGAUCUGUUGUCAAUCGGGAACCAUGAGCUCUACACAACUGGGAUUGCAAACGAUACCUAUCACAACUUCGCGCCUUACUGGGCUGGUCGCUAUAUCACCUCCAAUGUUGAGUUCAACGAUACCGGAGUGCUCAAGCCCUUCUCCCAACGGUACGCUUACUGGAGGACGAAGUUUGGUGUCAGAAUCAUGUCUUUUGCCUUCAUCUUCAACUUUACCGGCAACAGCGAUGCAACCGUGGUCACUCCGGUUGGUGAUGCUGUCAAGCAAUCGUGGUUCCAGCAGCAAGUCAAGAGGUCGGACAUUGACAUGUUCGUGGUCGCUGGGCACAUCACCCUACGCAACUCAACUGAAUGGGGUUUAAUAUACGCCGCAAUCCGUCAGCACCAUCCCACUACGCCCAUCCAAAUUUUCGGCGGUCACCGGCACGUGCGUGAUGCCGUGGUAUUUGAUGCAAAUGCGGUCGGCAUAGCCUCAGGGAGAUAUUGCGAAACCGUUGGAUGGGUAUCCGUCAACGGCCUACCCAAGAACGUAACUCAGGCGAACUCACCACAAGGCAACGCGACCAAAAUCACGCAGUCUCCUUCCGCCGUCCCUGGUGUCAAGCCCAACCACAAGUCCGAUCUGUCCUACACACGCCAAUACCUGGAUUUCAAUCGGUACAGCUUUGAAUUCCAUACGUCUACGACGGAGCAGACGUUCAACACUAGUCUUGGGGAGGGCAUUAGCGAGAAUAUAACCAGCGCCAUCAAUACCCUUCCGGAACUGACCCAAAAGCUUGGCUGUGUUCCGGACAGCUACUACUUGAGUCGAUACCCGAUCAGCUCGAACCUGAGCUUAUUCCACUACCUAACCACCGCCGUCUUCCCGAAAGUCAUUGUCGACGCGGAGCGUACCGACAUGCCGCGCAUCGUUCUCACCAACACAGGCGGUUUCCGCUACGAUCUACUGAAGGGACCUUUCACCAUUGACAAUGCCUAUCAGACCAACCCAUAUCAGAACUACUGGCGGCGUCUGACUGCUCCGUGGUCCGCGGCCAAGAACCUGCUGCUCAACUUGCAGACAGACAAAGUCUACAAGCGCGCCGUCAACGACACGAGUCUGGUCAGGACGUUGGGCUACGUCACGAAAGAUGAUCUGGGCUCCGACGGCGAUAAUACCGUGCACAUCGACCAGGGAAACGCUGCGAUGCCGCACUACGUCCAGGCAAACGUCAGUGUGGCGAAUAUUUCAGACUCGACUCUCGUCGACGUCUAUGCCACGAGUUUCUUCACUGCCGCCGCGGCAAAGUACCUCCCCGGCAAUACCAGUGACUGGAUCCCUGCCGACGGCAACUUCAGCUCGUUUGACACGUUGCCGCGUAUGGCCAAGCUGUAUUGGAGUAAGAAUUGCUGA